UCUAUGAUUAGGGCUGCGGUGAGGGAAGGAGGCUGACGCUGUUGGAAGGUCAAGGGGCUUUUACGCACAGUUGGCGCCUUCUUGUUGACCGCGCACCACGAACUGCUGCUGCGGUUAAUUUAUCUGUAACGUUGCGGUGUGGUUCCUGGAUCAGUGGCGUUGGGCUUGGAAAUACUGGAGGAAGAAUGAGAUAUGUGCAGCUGACCUCCAGGGAGUGAGCAGAGUGCGCAAGACGUCUUGGAGUUCGGCAUGGCUGUGGGGAGCGCGUCGCUCCUGAGAGCGGGCUUUGUGUUGUUGAUGGCAGCUCACGUCCUGCAAUCGGUGUCUGCCUGCAACAGGGUCUACUACGAGAGGAUGAUCAAUGAUUUCUGCUUAGCUAAGUUCAAAUUCGACAUGGGAGGGCUGGAGCAAGGCCUGUGGUGCAGCUGGCCCGACACCAUGGAGAUCUACGAGGGUCUGACAAACUGCACCUACCAGGUGGCUUUGAGGAUGGACUGCUUCUGGCCGAAUCAGAUAGUUGACCGCUUCUUCAUGCAGGUUCAUCGGCUGUACUUCCACAACUGCGCCCUGACCGGCCGGCUCCUACAAGACCCGCCGAUCAGCAUCCUCGCCCCAUUCAUCGCAGUGCCAGUGCUGAUUACCCUCCUCAUGACUGCCCUCGUGGUGUGGAGGAGUAAACGCACAGAGGGGGUUUUAUAGGGACUGGCUUCUGAAUUUGGUCGCAAGGCUUGUAAAUACAUAUGGACUCUGGAGUGGCAGAGCAUGUGAUAAAAAAAAAUUUAGGGAAUUUUUGCAUAAUAUAUUAAUUUGAUACAGUUAUACUAAGUGUCUUGCUAUUGUUAUAUUCCCAGAUUAGUAUGAACAUACAAGUGUAUAUACGAUUGCAUGUCUCAUGAAAAGCUGUUUGACUGUUCUCUUUGGUAUAAAAAUAGAAUUUAUCUGUGGAUCACCCAUAUGAGAGUGUCAAAGUUUGGCAGGGGAAAGUAAUAAAGGUCUUUGAGAUUCAAGGGA